GGUUCGGAGAUAACCUUUCAUUGCCUCUUCUUCCUCCUCAGGUGACACAGGUACGAUGGGUGACCUGGUACACUACAAGGGCGGGUGUCACUGCGGCGCCGUCAGGUUCGAAGUGUAUGCGCCGGCGACCCUUACCGUGAUUGACUGCAACUGCAGCAUCUGCGUCAAGAAGCAGAACAAGCACUUCGUGGUGCCGCUGAGUCAGUUCAAGCUGCUGAGCGGCCACGACGCGCUCACCACCUACACCUUCAACACGCACCGCGCCAAGCACACCUUCUGCUCCACCUGCGGCGUGCAGCCAUUCUACAUCCCGAGGUCCAACCCAGACGGCUACGGUAUCGCCCCGCACUGCCUCGACCCGACGCCCUCCAGGAAGAUCAAGGUGGAGAAGUUUGACGGCCACAAGUGGGAGGAGUCGUUCCCCACCAGCAAUAUUGCCAGCAUGUCCAAGGAAAAGAAGUAACACACUCAAGCGGAGGGAAACGAGCACUUGUAACACUGUAUUGUUUUGCUCUUGUAACACUAUAUUGCCUUCCCGUGCACUUGAAACACACUUGAAACACUCACACUUUUAUCUUUAUCUUUGUAUCACUCCCUUACUUAGGCUCAAGGAAAAGAAACACACCCACAUGGAGAGAAAGAAACACUUGUAACACUGUAUUGCCCUCCCGUGCACGAAACACUCACAUUUUUAGGUAUAUCUUUUUAUCUUCGUAUCACUGCUUCACUUUAUCCUCAAGAAACACAUCUACGUGGAGGAAAGGAAGUACUUGUAACACUGUAUUGCCUCCACCAUACCUCUGAAACACUGUAUUGCUUGUAACACUAAUACUUAUUUUCAUCCAAGUCUCACUCACUCCCUGCCUUCUCUUGUCUUGCCUUUCCUUGUGUUGUUCUAGCUCAGUGUUUCUUCCCUCUUCUCCAAAACGCGUGUCAUGUGUUGCGCUUCCUUGUUUUACAUGUGUUGUACGGGAAAUUUGCUUCGAAACGCUUAUUUUUUAAACUUUUUUCUCUCUGUCUCUCUCUGGCAAAGCACUUCCACGCGCCAUAUUGUAAACACAUGUGCUUCUUCUUCUUCUUCUUUUCAUUAUUGGUGUUAUUAUGCUUUUAUACGAGUUUGUAUGCUUGUUCUAUUGUUAUGUCACGCUUUAAAUAACAAGUUUUAAAUGGAUCGUGUAUUCCUUUGCUUACCCAAAAUAUGCCAGAAAUACGAGGUAACCAGAUUGAUUGAUUGAUUGUUUAUUGUUGCAAGUAAAACAACAAAGGAGAAGGGAGGAGCAUGCCAUCCCAACCCCCAGGCAGUACCAAUUGCAUUAUAUGUUUCUCCUCUUGAAAGUAGACAUCAAACAAAAUGAUUGUCGCAUCUACUGCAUUAUUUUACACACCAUACCUUUACGUUUUACAGAAGCAUGUUCCUCCCUUCUCCUUUGUUGUUUACUUGCAACAAUAAACUAUCAAUCAAUCAGAACUAAGAAAAUAAAAAUAAAAAUAUAAAAAGAAAGCAGGAAUAAGAAUGACUGAU